AUGGCAGAGGAUACGCACUUUGGCUUUGCACGUCCCUUGCUUCCAGCUAUAGGUGAAAUUCGGACAACCGGGAGCCACACAGUUUCUCCGAAUUCCAUACUUGUCCACGCACCUGGUGGUACGCUAGAUUUGUCCCUUUACAACUAUCAGCCAAUACCCACCAAGGGAAAUGAGAGUACAGCUAGGGAAGAAAAUUUCGGAAGUGUUGAGGAUGAGCUGGAAGCAGAUCAACCACCACCGAAAAAGAAAAUUUUCAAGGGACCGCGAAGGAGCAGCAUCCUUGAGCGUUUUGUUGCCUUAUUAGAAGAUCGGAGAAUAAUGGAGAGCAGUGAGGAUGCUCGUCAAUUGGAGGACAUAAAAAUGCCUAGGCUUCGGAACGUACUCAAUAUUAUAUUUAUCACUUCGGGAGUGUGCUUUCUACUAGCUGUUGUUGUUGUCAUCCUCUAUACGACUUUUGCCAGGUACGCGAAUUUCGAAUUAAGGAAACCUUGA